AUCUGGAGUCAGUCACCGCUCAACCUCAGCAGCCGCUCUCACGCCGUCCGAAUACAACCACGCGUGCUUUUGUGCCCACUGCUCGACGGGACAAACUUAGAGGAAACCCAGGUGAACGGAAUUGACAGAAAGGAGGGGAAAGUUGCCUCUCGUUCACUUCCACGCACUUCUCUGUCGGACUUGGAAAGCCAAGUUUUGUCAAACAAGGAGUGAUGCUGCGUGUUCCCAAGCCGCACUUGCACUCCAGGGGAACCUAAAAUAAAAGCGGAACCGGAGCGGAAUAACACUUCAUCCGAUGCAAGCGCACCGACGAGGACACUCAUACUCAGCGGAGGAACAUCUCGCUCCAUAAAAUGAUCCCAAUUGGCGACCUGAUACUAUGUCGCAUCUCGUCUGAUGUUUGACAAAUUUGCAGCUCGACUUAAAGGAACUCCAAGGGAACACUUACAGAGUUUUUCUUUUUUUUCUUUUUCUUUUUUCUUUUCUUUUUUUUACAAACCGGGGUCCGGAGAACUUAAUCGCCGUCCAGAUGCAGUUUCGACUCUUCUCAUUUGCCCUGAUAGUAUUGAACUGUAUGGAGUACAGCAACUGUCAGGCGCCGUCACAACGCUGGAGGAGAAACAAAAGAGCUAGCUAUGGAGCGUAUCCCAUCUGUAAAGGCUGCUCAGUGUGCUCCAGAGACAAUGGCUGUGUAAACUGCCAGCCCAAACUCUUCCUGUUUCUGCGGAGAGAAAGGAUGAGACAGUAUGGCGAGUGUCUUCAUGAUUGUCCAGCUGGGUACUAUGGCAUGCGCAGCCCCGAACUCAACAUGUGUUCCAGGUGCAGGAUAGACAACUGUGAAUCUUGCUUCAGUAAAGACUUCUGCAUGAAAUGCAAGUCAGGUUUUUACCUACACAAAGGGCGAUGCUUCGACAUGUGCCCCGAAGGCUUUGCCCCACUGGAGGACAUCAUGGAGUGUGGAGAUGGCUGCGAGGUUGGGCAGUGGAGCGAAUGGGGAGCUUGCACCAGAAGAAACAAAACGUGCGGCUAUAGGUGGGGUCUGGAGACCCGGACGCGGCACAUUGUAAAGAAACCACCCAAGGACACAAUACCGUGUCCCACCAUUGCCGAGUCCCGCAGGUGCAAAAUGGCCAUGAGACACUGCAGAAGAGGAGGCUCAGGGAAGCAUCGAUCCAAAGAACCCAAGAAAAAGAACAAGAAGAGGCUGCGAUUUUGGGCCCAGGACCAGCACAGUGACCACUUGGCCUCUGCACGCUCCAGCCAGUGAGGACUGAAAAGAUGGACUCACCAUUGAACAAAGAACCUACGCGAAGCUGCUAGCUGCAACCAUGCUCUGACUGACAAAUAUCACAAAGCACCGUCAACCUCUCUUGCCUCUCAGACCUCCAAUAACAUCCCAUAUACCCCCUCACCUACCAGAACAUUGCUAUGAUUGGUAAAUUUGUCACUGCAAAAAUACAGUACGUGUCUACUAUACAAUAUCAGUACCAACACUCUAAAAACAUACUCCACACACUUGCCUCUUGCUGCUUCCCCUUGGCUGCACUGUUCAGCCAGGUGACUCAAUUUCCGUGACCCCACCCCACGCCUUGCCUUGUGGACCUUUACAGUUGACAUGACUGAACUCAUUUCCCCUCAAUAAUAAUGUCAUUAACUGUCUAGGGUGAUGGAGGAUGGAGGGGCAAUCAGAGACUGGAAAGGCGGGCAAGCCAAAUAGAGGGAGGUGGAAGAGAAAGGUAGUAAGAGAGUUGGCAAGCUAUAUUGUUCAAGGGCGAGUAGGUAAGGGGAGAGGAAACUAGGGAGCAAGUAUAAAGAUGGGGGAGGAUAAAGAGGUAUGAGAUUGGGCUAAGGAAAGUGAGGCUGACGGCCAAGAAAAUGGCACCUUGAGCUGAAAGAGACAGUUGUUUUGUUUCUAUAUUUAUGUCAAAGCUACCCUCACCUUUCUGUCUGAAUGGAUAUGGACUGUUCCCAUGUGUGGCCUUUAUGUUCUGUACAUUUUUGAGAGUAAUAUUAAAUAAAUUACCAUGCAUAGUUGAAAAGUAUUUUAUCCUCAGCACAAACUGUUUACGUUCAGUCCGCUGUAUGCUCUAACUGUAUAGUGUGCAUAAGAAAAAAACCCUAAGAACUUUAGUUGUUUGACUCGCAUGGCAAGAGACACACAUGUACAUAGUUUAUAUAAUUCUGAAAGCUUAUUGCUGUAUUUUCAGUAUUGACUUGUUCACCAUUCUAAAUGUUGUAGAGAAACGGCUGUAAUACCAAGUUGCAGAUUAAAAUAAUUAAAAACAAUAACAUAGUCAAAACAUAGCUACUUCAUUUAUAUGGUAUAUAUUUGAUUUAUUUAUUAAUUCUAUUUGGUACUUUUUUGUUCAAUGACAAUUUCGUUUUGCCUCAUACUGUUACUCUUAUAUGCUUUAAUAUUCUUUGAGUUUGACAUAAUGUGCAUAUCUGCAAGAAUUUGUUUUUUUAAUGUAACAGUGUUGUAUUCCAUCCAUUCGACCACAUCUACUGAUUUCAUUGUUUCAAAGAAGAAGCAAAAAUGACGUAUACAACUCUGCUUUGAUAUAUUCUGAGUUUAAUAAUUAGACGCCAGCAAAUGUAUGGUCAUAGGACUGCAUAUGUGUACAUUGUGUUUUAUUAAACAACAUUUCAUGUGA